AUGACCAGGAUUGACGAUGCAUAUGUCGGCACCGAGGGGGAGAUGGAUGUGGGUGCCAAGAACCAGGACACCGAGGGCUCCGAUGGGGAGUACGAUCUUGCCAAAGAGCGCAAGGAAAAGGCUGAAUGCAAGGCGAAGCUUGCGAGGCGCUCUCGCAACACAUCCGGGAAUCGCUCACGGAAGUGA